ACAAAAUAAUAAAAAAAAAGUAAGAUUGUUGUGGUUUUUAUAUCAAAAUCAAAGUUAAUAUAGUUUACGAUUUAAUACAAGUUAAACCUAUUUUUUCCCCCGAAAUUAGUGAGGCUUUUAAUACAACUACGAAAAAUGUCUUCGAGUGUGAAUUUAUCAGCAUUACGUAUGAAAUAUAGAGAAAAGAAAGAUGCAUUUCUGGAGGAGAAUAUAAAGGUUAAAGAACCUAUUGCACAAUUUAAAGAGUGGCUGGAAGAAGCGGUAAAGACAGAGGAAAUUUUGGAACCAAAUGCGGCUUGUUUGGCGACCGUGAAUAGCGAUGGCUGCCCUUCAAAUCGUUACGUUCUGCUCAAAGAUGUCACCAACGAGGGCUUCACCUUCUUCACCAACUAUGGCAGUCGCAAAGCCAACGAUAUUGCCAAUAAUACCAAUGUAGCCAUGACCCUAUAUUGGUGUCCCCUACGUAGAUCGGUGCGUAUUGAGGGUAAGGCGGAAAAAAUUUCACGCGAAGAUUCUUUAACAUAUUUCCAUCAACGACCACGAGCUAGUCAAAUUGGUGCCUUGGCUUCGGAACAAAGUACAAGAAUACCAUCCAGACAACAUUUGGAUGAGAUUGAAAAGAAAAUUAAACAAGAAUUGGGAGAUGACAAAGAGGUACCAUUGCCCAAUUGGGGUGGUUAUUUAAUAAGACCAAAGCGUGUUGAAUUCUGGCAAGGACAAACAGAUCGUUUGCAUGAUCGCAUUGUGUUUAGGAAGGGAGAUGAUGUGGAUAAGGACAUUGAUAAUACUUUAACACAUGCUGGUGAAAAUGGCUGGGUUUAUGAACGUUUGGCGCCUUAAAUAUAAAGACAAAUGGAAUUAUUUUUAUAAUAUUGUUAUUGUGGAAUGGACAAUACAUCUGCGGAGAUUAUAUUUGAAUGCACAUCUUACUAUAUAAAAUAUAACUGCUAUAUGUAUAGAAAGAUAUUUUACAAUUUGUUUUAUAUUUUUCUUAAAUGUAUUUAUAUCCCUUAUUUAAAUUUUGGUAAUUAUCUAUUAGUAAAAAAUUUUAAAAUUGUUAAAAAAAUGCUGUUGUAAAUCAAUUUUUUUUAAUUAAUAUUUAAAUAUGUAUGCAAGUAAUUGUACACUUCUGUAA